GUCGGGCUGGGCGCGAUUGCAUUGUGGGGAGGGAGGCCGGGACUCUGCUGGGACGCACUCCUGGCACCGCCAGCUGCUCCUUGGCUGCUGCCACGGUCUGCCCAGGACAAUGCCCUCCACAGCCGCCUUGUGCCCGUCACCACUGCCCUGGGGCAGCUGAACUGAGGAGAUGUGCCUCCCUCUGUGCCACGCCGCCCAGGAGACCCCUCUGCUGCUCCCCUUCGUGGUGGCCCCCGCCAUGGCUCCUGGGCCUCCUUCCGGCGCCCGCCUGCUCGUGCUGCUGCUGCUGCUGCUGCUGUGCCCACCGCACCCCACUCAGGCCCAUCGCUUCUCUGCGCCCAACACCACCUUCAACCGCCUGGCGCUGGCACCGGGCCGCGGCACGCUCUACGUGGGCGCCGUGAACCGCCUCUUCCAGCUCAGCCCCGUGCUACAGCUCGAGGCAGUGGCUGUCACCGGCCCUGUCUUCGACAGUCCCGACUGCGUGCCUUUCCGUGACCCGGCCGAAUGCCCGCAGGCCCGGCUCACGGACAACGCCAACCAGCUGCUGCUGGUGAGCAGCAGGGCACAGGAACUGGUGGCCUGCGGGCAGGUGCGGCAGGGCGUGUGCGAGAAGCGGCGCCUCGGGGACGUGGCCGAGGUGCUGUACCAGGCCGAGGACCCCGGCGACGGGCAGUUCGUGGCCGCCAAUGCCCUGGGGGUGGCCACGGUGGGCCUGGUGGUGCCCACACCAGGCCGGGACCUCCUGCUGGUGGCCAGAGGCCUGGCAGGAAAGCUGUCGGGAGGGGUGCCGCCCCUGACCGUGCGCCAGCUGGCCGGGCCGCAGCCCUUCUCCAGCGAGGGCCUGGGCCGCCUCGUGGUGGGCGACUUCUCUGACUACAACAACAGCUACGUGGGCGCCUUCGCCGAUGGCCACUCCGCCUACUUCGUCUUCCGCCGCCGCGGGGCCCGGGCGCAGGCCGAGUACCGCUCCUACGUGGCCCGAGUCUGUCUUGGGGAUGUCAACCUUUACUCCUACGUGGAGGUACCCCUCGCCUGCCGGGGCCAGGGCCUCGUCCAGGCUGCCUUCCUUGCCCCGGGCACCUUGCUAGGGGCCUUUGCCGCGGGCCCGAGGGGGGCCCAGGCGGCCCUGUGCGCCUUUCCCCUGGCAGAGCUGGACGGGAGCAUGGAGCAGGCCCGGCGCCUCUGCUACACGGCCGGUGGCCGGGGCCCCAGCGGCACGGAGGAAGCCACCGUGGAGUACGGAGUCACAUCGCGCUGCGUCACCCUGCCCCCUGACUCCCCCGAGUCAUACCCCUGUGGCGAUGAGCACACCCCCAGCCCCAUCGCUGGCCGCCAGCCCCUGGAGGCUGAGCCUCUGCUGCAGCUCGGGCAGCCCGUCAGCGCCGUCACAGCCCUCCAGGCGGAUGGGCAUACGAUAGCCUUCCUGGGGGACACCCAAGGCCAGCUGCAUAAGGUCUUUCUCAAUGGCUCUCAAGGCCAGGUGUACCACUCCCAGCAAGUGGGGCCUCCAGGCUCAGCCAUCAGCCCGGACCUGCUGGUGGACAGCAGCGGCAGCCACCUCUAUGUCCUCACCGCCCAGCAGGUGGACCGGGUAUCAGUGGCAGCCUGCCCCCAGUUCCCUGACUGCACCAGCUGCCUCCAAGCCCGGGACCCGCUGUGCGGCUGGUGCACCCUCCAGGGCAGGUGUACCCGCAAGGGCCAAUGCGGGCGGGCAUCCCAGCCAAACCAGUGGCUGUGGAGCUAUGAGGAGGACAGCCACUGCCUGCACGUCCAGAGCCUGCUGCCGGCCCACCACCCCCGCCAAGAGCAGGGCCAGGUCACCUUGUCUGUCCCCCGGCUGCCCACCCUGACCAUGGAUGAAUACUUCCAUUGUGCCUUUGGGGACUAUGAUAGCUUGGCUCAUGUGGAAGGGCCCCACGUGGCCUGUGUCACCCCUCCCCAAGACCAGCUGCCGCUUAACCCUCCAGGCACAGACCAUGUCACCUUGCCCCUGGCCCUGAUGUUUGAGGAUGUGGCCGUAGCUGUCACCAACUUCUCCUUCUACGACUGCAGUGCCGUGCAGGCCUUGGAGGUGGCUGCCCCGUGUCGUGCUUGUGUGAGCAGCCUCUGGCGGUGCCACUGGUGCCCCCAGAGCAGCCGCUGUGUGCACGGGGAGCACUGCCCGGAGGGUGAGAGGACCAUCUACAGUGCCCAGGAGGUGGACGUCCAGGUGCGUGGCCCAGGGGCUUGUCCCUGGGUCGAAGGCCUAGCAGGUCCCCUCCUGGUGCCUGUGGGUUGGGAGAGCCGUUUGGCCCUGCGUGUGUGGAACCUUCAACACUUCCGAGGCCUGCCUGCCUCCUACCACUGCUGGCUGGAACUACCAGGAGAACUGCAGAGGCUGCCAGCCUCCCUGGAAGAGAUGCCUGGAGAUGCGGGCCUCAUCUACUGCCAGGCCCAGCAGUUUCACCCCUCCAUGGCCCAGCGGGAGCUCCCGGUACCCAUCUAUGUCACCCGGGGUGAAGGCCAGCGGCUGGACAAUGCCCGCACUCUUCAUGUGACCCUAUAUGACUGCGCUGUGGGCCACCCCGACUGUAGCCACUGCCAGGCAGCCAACGGAAGCCUGGGCUGCUUAUGGUGCAGCCAUGGCCAGCCCACCUGUCGCUACGGGCCACUGUGCCCACCUGAGGCUGUGGAGCUGCUGUGUCCCACGCCCAGCAUUGACAUGAUUGAGCCCCUGACUGGCCCCCCUGAGGGUGGCUUGGCCCUCACCAUCCUGGGCUCCAACCUGGGCCGGGACUUUGCCGAUGUACGGGAUGCCGUGAGCGUGGCUGGCCGGCCCUGCAGCCCCAACCCCUCUCUCUACCGCACCUCUGCCCGGAUUGUGUGUGUGACAUCUCCCGCCCCCGACGGCACUGUGGGGCCAAUCCAAGUGGCCAUUAAGAGUCGGCCACCAGGCAUCUCAACCCAGCACUUCACCUACCAGCCCAAGGGCCUUGGGGACUGGAGCCGAGGUGAGGAAACGCCAGGCCAGGCUGUCAUGCCUGCCCCAGUCUGCCCUGUCCUCCAGGACCCUGUCCUGCUGAGCCUGAAUCCCCAGUGGGGCCCCCAGGCUGGGGGCACCCAGCUCACCAUCCACGGACAGCACCUCCAGACAGGAGGCAAUGUCAGCGCCUUUGUGGGAGGCCAGCCCUGUCCUAUCCAGGAGCCAGUUUGUCCUGAGGCCAUUGUGUGCCACACUGCGCCCCAGGCCAGCCCAGGAGAAGCUGUGGUACGCGUGGUCUUCGGCCAUGCCCAGCGCACGCUGCUCACCAGCCCCUUCCGCUACACUGCCAACCCCCAGCUCUUGGGGGCAGAGCCCAGCGUCAGCUUCCGGGGGGGCGGGCGGCUCAUCCAAGUAAGGGGCACAGGCCUGAACGUGGUGCAGCAGCCCCUGCUGUCCGUGUGGCUGGAGACCGUGGCGGAGGUGCAGGCUGCAGGGGCCCAGCCCUGGGACCUGACACCAAGGAGGAGCUGCGGGGCCUCUGCUGCAGCCCCCCAGGCUUGUAUCCAGCUCGAGGGGGGCUUGCUGCAGUGCUCCACCGUCUGCUCCGCCAACUCGUCCAGUCUCCUUCUGUGCUGGAGCCCCGCCGUGCCGGAUGGGGCACACCCCCGGCGGGUCUUCUUCACCCUAGACAAUGUGCAUGUGGACUUCGCCAGCGCCAACGGGGGCCAGGACUUUGUGUACCAGCCCAACCCCCGCCUGGCCCCCCUCAGUCGCGAGGGGCCCACCCGCCCCUACCGCCUCAAGCCGGGCAAUGUCCUGGACGUGGAGGGUGAGGGCCUCAACCUGGGGAUCAGCAAGGAAGAGGUGCGCGUGUACAUCGGCGACAGCGAGUGCCUGGUGAAGACGCUCACACUCACCCACCUGUACUGCGAGCCACCACCGCGGGCCCCACAGCCUGCCAACAGCUCCAGCACCCUGCCACAGUUCGUGGUGCAGAUGGGCAACGUGCGGCUGGCCCUGGGCCCUGUCCGGUACGAGGCCGAGCCUGCACUGUCAGCCUUCCCCGUGGAGGCUCAGGUGGGCCUUGGCGUGGGCGCUGCCGUGCUGACCGCUGCUGUGCUCCUCCUCACCCUCAUGUACAGGCACAAGAGCAAGCAGGCUCUGCGGGACUACCAGAAGGUUCUGGUGCAGCUGGAGAACCUGGAGAUUGGCGUGGGUGACCAGUGCCGCAAGGAGUUCACAGACCUGAUGACCGAGAUGACCGACCUCAGCAGCGACCUGGAGGCCAGCGGGAUCCCCUUCCUGGACUACCGCACAUAUGCCGAGCGUGUCUUCUUUCCUGGGCAUGGCGGCUGCCCACUGCAGCCCAUGCUUGAGGGGCCCGGGGAAGAGAGCCACCGUGCCCCCAUGCGCCAGGGCCUCACACAGCUCUCCAACCUGCUCAACAGCAAGCUCUUCCUCCUCACACUCAUCCACACCCUGGAGGAGCAGCCCAGCUUCUCCCAGCGGGACCGCUGCCACGUGGCUUCACUGCUGUCCCUGGCGCUGCACAGUAAGCUUGAGUACCUGACCGACAUCAUGAGGACGCUGCUCGGCGACCUGGCCACCCAUUACGUGCACAAGAACCCAAAGCUCAUGCUGCGCAGGACGGAGACCAUGGUGGAGAAGCUGCUCACCAACUGGCUGUCCAUCUGUCUCUACGCCUUCCUGAGGGAGGUGGCUGGUGAGCCGCUGUACAUGCUCCUCCGGGCUAUUCAGUACCAGGUGGACAAGGGGCCUGUGGAUGCCGUGACAGGCAAAGCGAAACGGACCCUGAACAACAGCCGCCUGCUGCGGGAGGACGUGGAGUUCCGGCCCCUGACGCUGAUGGUGCUGGUGGGCCCCGGGGCCAGUGGGGCCCCAGGGGGCAGCACGGCACAGCGCGUGCCAGCCCGAGUCCUCGACACAGACACCAUCACCCAGGUCAAGGAGAAGGUGUUGGACCAAGUCUACAAAGGCACCCCGUUCUCCCAGAGGCCCUCAGUGCAUGCCCUAGAUCUUGAGUGGCGGUCAGGCCUGGCUGGUCACCUAACCCUGUCAGACGAGGACCUGACCUCGGUGACCCAGAACCAAUGGAAGAGACUCAACACCUUGCAGCACUACAAGGUCCCAGACGGAGCCACAGUGGGGCUCAUCCCCCAGUUGCACAAUGGAGGCGCCGUCUCCCAGAGCUUGGCCCAGAGCUGCCCCUCGCGGGAGAACAUCCCAAUGGCAGAGGACGGUGAGGAGGGUGGGGUCCGCCUCUGGCACCUGGUGAAAGCCACCGAGGAGCCAGAAGGGGCCAAGGUGCGGCGCGGCAGCCUGCGGGAGCGGGAACGGGAGCGGGCGCGGGCCAAGGCCAUUCCAGAAAUCUACCUCACCCGCCUGCUCUCCAUGAAGGGCACACUACAGAAGUUUGUGGAUGACACCUUCCAGGCCAUCCUCAGCGUGAACCGGCCCGUGCCCAUCGCUGUCAAGUACCUGUUUGACUUCCUGGAUGAGCUGGCAGAGAAGCACGGCAUCGAGGACCCGGAGACCUUGCACAUCUGGAAGACUAACAGCCUGCUGUUGCGGUUCUGGGUGAAUACCCUGAAGAACCCACAGCUCAUAUUUGACGUGCGGGUGUCGGACAACGUGGAUGCCAUCCUCGCCGUCAUCGCCCAGACCUUCAUUGACUCUUGCACUGUCUCAGAGCAUAAAGUGGGCCGGGAUUCCCCGGUGAACAAACUGCUCUACGCCCGGGAGAUCCCCCGCUACAAGCAGAUGGUGGAGAGAUACUACUCCGACAUUCGCCAGAGCUCGCCGGCAAGCUACCAGGAGAUGAACUCAGCUCUGGCUGAGCUCUCUGGGAACUACGCCUCUGCUCCGCACUGCCUGGAAGCUCUGAGAGAGCUCUACAAACACAUCCACAGGUAUUACGACCAGAUCAUCAGCGCCCUGGAGGGAGACCCUGUAGGCCAGAAGACGCAGCUGGCCUGCCGCCUGCAGCAGAUCGCCGCCCUGGUGGAGAACAAGGUGACCGACCUGUGAGGUCAGGCCACAACAGGUGCCUGAGGGCCAGCUGGGAGAGCAGCAAGCAGGACCCACCACCGCAGUGCCUUAUGAUCCCUGGAUCGCGCCAGCGCUGAGGAGGGGCCAGGGGGGGGGGGGGGGGGGGGGGGGGGGCAGGGGGCACAGCCAGGUGCUGUGCCCGCCAGGGGGCUCCCUGCUGCCUCUACCCCCGCCCCCCGCCCUUCUUUCCCCCACCUGGGCUUCUUUCUAAUUUAUAGCCAUCCUGACCUCUUCCCCCUCCCCCACUGUAUUUAUUUGCUUGCUGGAGAAUCACAUCUGGAAAUAAAAUAGAAAUCCGCCUUUUCAGAAAAAGCCCCCACCUUCCCCUGCGAGUCUACUUGGUGCUCCCUUGCACGGCCUUCCCCUCGGCCCCAUGGCUGUGGCUUCUGUUGCCUGAGGAAAAGAGGGGUCAGCAGGCACCCCUAGGCCG